CUUCACACGCAAAUUCCUCCAUUCCACAAUUCGCAUCUAUACUUUAACAGAACAAUUCGCACAUUCUUUCUAUUCACUGAGUUGACUCGCCCGCCAUGUCCGUGUCCGACCAGCAGCGAACUCAGAAGGACGAUCCGUUCCUCCUCAAUUACAAUCCCGAAGAACUCCGAAUCGCAUCAGAGUUUCUGUCCAAUUGGCUUCCCUUUCUCUCCCGUGACCUCUGCCACUCCUGCACCAACACCCUCUCCGAUCGCAUCCGAUCCCUCAAUUUUAAAGUUGGUGGUGAUGCAGAAUGCUUGAAGCAACCAAAGAAUAUCAGUGUUUUGACUCCGGAACGUUGUGACUCGGAUGGAUGCAAUGGGAGUCAAGAGAAUUGUGACAACAAUUCACUUGGAAGUUGGAAUGAUUGUGGUGACUUGAAUGAUAAUGCAGAUACAAACUCAUUGGGGAGUUGGAAAGACGGGGCUGGUGGGGGGGAGCCAUUUGAGGAGCCUUCCGUGGACAGGCAUUCAUCUGACAGUUGUAUAGAUGGUGCGGAUUCCGUUUCUCGGCCUGUUGGAGAGGCAACUACAAGUGAAGCAUUCAGCUCAUCCAUACCUGUGACUACCCCGAAAAUGAAGAUGUCGUGGGCUGAUAUGGCUCAGGAGGAUGAGCUUCAAGCAGAGCAAGUGAGUGAGUCAAUUGCCUUGAGUAGUCAGGUGAAUGGUGUGUCUGAAGAGGAAAUUACUACUCCGGAGAGUAAGCCAAAAACAGAAUUGUCAAGGGAACAACGAGAAUACAUUAGAUUCUGCAAUGUGAAGAGGAAAAAGGAUUUCAUAUGUUUGGAGAGGGUGAAUGGGAAAUUCGUGAACAUACUUGAUGGAUUGGAGCUACAUAAGGGUGUCUUUAGCGCAGCUGAGCAAAUUAGAAUAGUUAAAUAUGUAGAGAAGCUUGAUCAGAUGGGGAAGAAUGGUGAAUUGAAAGAGAGGACUUAUACUGCGCCACCAAAGUGGAUGAGGGGCAAAGGACGUGUGACAAUCCAAUUUGGUUGUUGUUACAACUAUGCACCAGAUAAGAGUGGGAAUCCCCCAGGGAUCCUCAAAAGUGAAACUGUUGAUCCAUUGCCUGAUCUUUUGAAGGUCAUGAUUAGAAGGCUUGUAAAGUGGCAUGUGAUGCCUCCGACUUGUGUUCCAGACAGCUGUAUUAUCAACAUUUAUGAAGAGGGAGAUUGCAUACCACCGCAUAUUGACAAUCAUGAUUUUGUGCGUCCCUUUUGUACCGUUUCAUUCCUUAGCGAGUGCAACAUUGUGUUUGGUUCCAACUUGAAAAUAGUGGGUCCCGGUGAGUUUGCUGGUGCAAUUGCAAUACCGUUGCCAGUGGGAUCUGUACUGGUCUUGAAUGGAAAUGGAGCUGAUGUAGCUAAACACUGUGUGCCAGCUGUGCCUACUAAAAGGAUUUCAAUCACGUUUAGAAGAAUGGACGAAUCUAAAAGGCCAGUUGGAUAUGUUCCUGAGCAAGAUUUACAAGGGCUGCAGCCCUUGUCAUAUGAAACAGACAGACAGAAGAAAUCGAACUCCUCAAAACCAAGGUAUUCUGCAAGAAAACAGUCAGCACUACGGGAAGAGAGCAUGGAAAGAGUAAAGAUGCCAAUGAGAAGGCAUUCAGAGCCCCGUUACACAGGUCGAUAUCGACAAGGACCUGCAAACAGACAGAGGUUUAGCGUGAAUACAGAAAAUUGAAGGUAUAUUCGGACUUGAUUGUUUUGAUCCAUCGUCAUCUGCUAAAAUUAAUGGCUCUGUUGGUGGAGGUCUCUUCUUAUCUUCACCUCGAGCUGUUGAAGUAUUAAAAUUCUGAGAGGAAUUUGCUUGAUACUCCUUUGGAUGAAUAUCUUCUAAAAUAGAAGUUCAAUCCUGCUCUCUGCAUUGAAAUCUUGUACUACAAUAAUUUCCGGAAACCAGGUAUGAAUGUGAAUGAGGCACAAUCAAGCUGAGAGUGGUGGUCAUGUGAUCUAGAGAUGGGUGGAUAAUAUAUCUGAUCUGAUAAUAUAUCCGAUGUAUGUGUGGUGUUCCAGUUUGCGGUGGUAAUGGAGUGUAUGUAUAUCACGAGGCAGCUAUGCAAAUAACUACUUGGCAGCUUGGAUAAACCCUGCUGAAGAUUGGACUCUGUCUACUUGAAUAAUGCACCUUGUGAAGAAUUAAGUCCAUCCAUGUACACUUGAUAUUGGUGAAGCUUACAUGGUAUUCAAUUCAUAUGUUGUAGGUAACAGUUAUUUGCGCACAAGCAUUUGUACUUGCUUACUACUGUAAUGUUUUCUCCUAGUGCUUGUAUCGUUAAUCGGUUGAGCUUAUACAUUGAGAGCUAAGUUAUCUUGUCUGACAGUCUUUGCUUUUCUA